GCUUCCCUAACAGCGAGUCUAUGUGUCAUGGACACCACACACAUUGUCAAAGCUCAACACAACCCUGAAUAGCUCUGUUUCCAUAUUGCAUGGAAGCUAUCAAUCAAUAAUAUUGUGAAGCUUUGUGAGUUAAACUUUUCAUGUGUCAUUACUUCGAUCUAUUUAUCAGCAUAUGCGAGGCUAAAGAAGCGACAUUAUGAUAAAUGACCGGGACAGUUAGUGUGAAAGCAGAAAUGAAUGAAAGAUGAAGCGUUCCUCGACAAGAAUAAUAUUUACGGUUUCUUCACCUCUUGCGGGCUCCAGUCACUAAGAUCACGCUUCAAAUUUAUCAUAUACCAGCGGGCUUGUUCUAUUUCAUUGCUUAGGUUCUGUUAUUGUUUUCUUAGAGCCGCACACUUGAUUAUUACUUGCUGCUCUGCCCUGCAAGAUGGAAGUUGAUCGGUUGUCGUUCUAUCCUCUACUUCCCUCCAUGCUUGAGCUGAUAUCAAAUGCCCACUUUGUGUCUUUUGAUCUAGAGCUAUCUGGCAUUCAAAGCAAACAGCCAUUCAGGGCCGGUGCGACAGAGGGUAGUGCAGACGGGAAACAGUCAAUCCAAGAACGUUAUGCAGAGACAAAAGAAGCUGCCGAAAAGUAUCAAGUUUUGCAAGUGGGAAUAACAUGUAUCGAGCAAGACAUAGAGAACAGUGUUUAUAUUGCUCGGCCUUUCAACUUUCACCUCAAUCCGGUUAUGGAAGAGAAAUUAGAAGUUGAGCGCAUCUUCUCUUACCAAAGUGGAGCUGUGGAAUUUCUCAUGAGCCACGGAUUUCGAAUGGAGGCCCCGUUCACCCAGGGAGUGCCAUACCUAUCGCGAAAUGAAGAGGGUUUGGCACGGAAAUUGGCCCUAGAAAGGCAAGAAAGAGCAGCAAAUAUCGCUGAUAUCAAGAUCAAGACUGAUGAUCUCGAUUCGAAUCAAUUUAUGGAUCGUGUUCGAAAUGAAAUCGAGGCCUGGAGAACGAGCAAGUCGCCAAAACCCGACUUUCUCAAUAUCGCUCCAAUUGGUCAUGAUGUGCAACUCGACAGCCGCACCGGCUUGACAAAUUUUCAGAAACGCCUGGUGCAUCAGAUUGUUCGUGCGGAUUAUCCAGAGCUUGUCACGAUCAGUAAGCCUCAAUUCAUUCAAGUCAUAUCUUUUGAUAAGGAUCGCGAGGAAAGAAUCAAAAUCGCCAGAGCAAAGCGAAUAGAUGCCCAAAUUGCUCGACAAACUGGUCUUCGGUGGCUCUUCGAAGCGAUGGUUGGGGGGGAUCUCGCGGGCAUCGAUCCAAGAAGCACAGCACGAAACCAAUCCGGCGACCCCGUCUUUGUCGAUUUAGAAGCGACCAGAGGUCAACUACAGGCAUUGAGAAAAAAGCUGCAAGAUCGCCCUACUGUCUUGGUUGGACACAAUCUAUUCACUGACCUUGUCAAUUUAUACAAAUGCUUCUUUGGGAAUUUACCGGAUCGUGUAGAGGAUUUUCAGAAAAAGAUCCAUGAGCUAUUUCCCGUUAUAAUUGACACUAAGUAUGUGGCGACUUAUAAAACGGCGGCAAUAAAUCCAAAGUCAUCGUUGGAAGAGAUAGAUGGAAUGCUCUCUAAAGAGGAGCACCCUCUAAUCGAGACCGACUCUGAUCACCCUAAAUAUCUCAUUAUGAAGCCCUACCAUGAGGCUGGAUAUGACAGCUUUCUGGCGGCUAAGGUCCUUAUUCGACUUUCUGCAAAACUUAAGGCAGAACAAUUGCCGCGGGACAGAGCUGGGCAUGGUUCAGACUACGAUGACCACCAAUUAUCCUCCGAAGGCGAGGGUGGGGUAUCUAUCCGGCCGAAAGAGAACACGAAUAUUGGGCAGAUUGAUUGCAUUGAGAAUACACCGUUUGAUGCAGAGAAUAAGCCCGAAGCGUUGUCGAAGGUCGCAAAGGAGCGGAAGGUCGACAAGCUAAUAGAAAGGGCAAUCCCAUCCGCAAGGAAAUCCAAGCCCAAGAGAGCGGUCAAAACAAUGCAACCCGCAGAAGAAACCGUCAAAUCAAUGUUCUCGCAUGCUACGCGGUUUGACUCUUUGGUCGACUUGCCUGUUGACGAUGACCAGGAUGUAAGGCACGAUGCGGCAGACCUGACUGCAGACUCUCAAUCUACAUCUCAGAGAUGUUCGCACCCAAGGUCACUAAUGCCGCCCUUUGAGGACGAUUUCUGGGACAACUUUGCGAACAAACUAAGAGUGUUCGGGACUGUAGAGGAGCGAUCCGCAAAGGACUCCAGCGUCUGCUGGUCCUGCCGGGAGACAAUCUCCAGGAGACAAAACUCGUCUGCGUCUGCAUCCGCGGUUGCAGAGCCCUCCAGUAUCGUCUCUCAGAUUCCGCCUGUCACGCAAGCGGCAGCUCCCCAGCCUGCACAUGCCCUCAAGGCCGGUGUCGUCCUUUCGCGGCCUCCGAUGAUUACUCGCGACCUGACUUCAUUCGAGAAAGCCUAUUUCUUUUACCAAAAACGGCUGAACGAGCGCCUUGCUCUCCCUUUCACGAGAUAUUUCUACUACAAGAAGGGCACUCCACAGGAUCUGGAUUGGAAGCGCAAAUUCAAGGAGCGGCAAACGCCCGCACGCGACAUUGGCGUGUAUAACGCAUAUUCAAAGGAAGGAUGGCACGAUGAGUUGCUGAUGGGAGCCUCUGAGAGCGAACCGGAGAAGCAGGUAGAGGCCUUGUUGAAAGAUGCGGAGGUCUCUAGCGUCGGAGGAGAUGAGGUUGCCGAUCACAAGGCAGAAGUGGCAGAGAAGCCCGUGCCCCGGAUCACUGAGGCGGACAAGGCUGGGGAUGAGAAGAGUCUGAACAGGCUCUUCCAAAGGACACUCUACUUGCUGGUCAAGGGCCCUGAAGGCCGAUGGAUGUUCCCCUCCUCUGGUCUGUCGAAGAAGGAGAGCCUUCACUCGGCCGCAGAGCGUAUUCUUGUACAGUCGGCCGGCAUUAACAUGAACACCUGGGUCGUCGGAAACAUCCCCAUUGGCCACCACAACUUCAAAUUCCCCCAACCUGUGUUCAACAAGGUGAAGGGUGUUGAGGAGGUUGGCGAGAAGACUUUCUUCAUGAAGGCCCGUAUUAUGGCCGGGCAAGCCAAUCUCGCAGAGAAUCAGCUUGGCCUGUCUGACUUCAAGUGGCUUUCUAAGGAGGAAAUCGAGAAGGCCGUGCCUCAAAGAUACUGGAGCUCUGUCCGGGACAUGCUUUCGGACCGUUGAUUUCACAUUCCCAAAAACUACAUUUACGUCAUCCAUCCCCACCGUUUGGUGCAAAAUCAUUCCGCCAUGAGAAUUCAAGUUCAUUGUAAUAUAUAUCUCGGUGUACAUUUAGGAUAUAAAGGUUGCUAUUUUCCAUAGAAUCAACGCCCCAUGCCAUGCGCUUUCCUUUGUGAUUACGAUCUCCCCGUGUACUCCCCUUU